AUGAGCUUGUAUUUUCGAUGUGUUGUUUGUAUAAUGAGAUUGUAUAUUCGUGUGUGAUGAAUGAGAAAUUGAUGGGUUGGUUAAUAUGGUUUAUCUUUUAUGGAUAUGCAAAAAAAUUCAUGCUUUGAGCCCUCUUGAAUCAUAGAUGUAGGCAUGGAGUAUGUAGUCAUUAGAUGUGUAUUCUCUGGGAUUAUAAUGUUGGGCUUUACAGCUCUUUGAAAUAGUGGGAUGUAGGCACUAUUAGUAUAAUUUAUUUGAAUUUUUAAAGAAUUUUGGUUGAUUUGAUUUUUUUUUUUUAUUAGAUUUUGAGUUGGGGUUGAAGAAAGAAUUCAAGGUAACCUCAUGCUGCCAAGUAUUGUUUUUACAGAGAGAUUAAUUUGAAGAUUUCAUGGAAACUCAACCUAUGAUUAUGGAAGACGCUAAUCAACAUACUCCAACAACACAAGUAGCAGUUGAGAGUGCUCUAGUACUUAGUUCUUUCAGUACUAGUACAUGGGUUACACCUAGAGCACGCCCUUUUGUUACCCCGGGAGGAACAAGGGAGUGGAUGCCUUUGUGCUCUAAUGAGUUAACACCUGUAUUGGGGAUGAAGUUUGAUAGUUUGGAAGAAGGGAUUAAAUUCUAUGAUGCUUAUGCUCUACAUUGUGGCUUCAACACUCGAAAGUCAACAACUAACAAGAACAAAAGUGGUGUUGUUGCAAUAAAAUAUUGCUUAUGCAAUAAGGCGGGUUUUAAAGAGAAGCGUAAGACAAAGAAUGAGGAUAAGCCCAAAGAACAGGAGGAUGGAAAAGCUACUACUAGAAAAAGGUUGGUGACAAGAGUGGGGUGUAAAGCUCAGUUAGUUCUUAAGAUUCGGGAAGAAGGUGGAUAUUUUGUGAAAAACUUCUAUGAAGGACACACCCACCCUCUUUACACACCCAGUUGUAGAAAAUUUCAGAAGCAAGGUAGAAAAAUGACAAUUUUGCACAAGAAGUUCGUAGUUGACAAUUCAAAGUUGAAUAUUGGGCCAACAAAAAGUUUUAGAAUCUUAAAAGAGAAUGUUGGUGGAUAUGACAAUAUCGGAGCUUCAAAGCAAGAUUUCAAGAAUUUCUCAAGAGAUCUAAAAGCAUAUAUUGAUGGCUCUGAUGCUCAAAGUUUAUGGACAAUUUUAAAAUGA